CCACUCUCUUACAGAGUUAAGCUUGUCCAAAAUUUGAGGGCAUUUCAAGCAUACUUUCUUUGAACAGAGCCUCUCCACAACCUGUGAUCUUUCAGCCUCUUCGAGAGCAGUUGCCUGAGAAGCAUGUGGGAUGUUUGCAGAAGAGACCUUUGCUGGAUUCACAUCUCUCAACUCAAGACACCUCUGUUGUAAUGUCAACGUUUGAAGAUAAUUGCCUGGUUUCAGAGAAGAGGCACAGUUCUUCUAGGGAACAAGACAUCCGGUCUAUUUUAGAUGAUGAAAUUUGUGUGUCUCCCUGCUGACUUGAAAAGGAGCUUAUGGCCACUCCCUUGGAAGUUUGGACCUCUGACAACUGGGAACAGCAAAGCCUCUGCCCCGUGCGCCUGUAGCGUCCUCAUCAGAGGUUUCCCUCCUCGCUUCUCGCCUGCUGUGGCAGAGGGAGUCAGCCAGAGAGCCGCCAGAUCUUCAUCCCUCUCCAGAUCGGGAAGAAAAACCCGCCUAAGGGCAGGCAGUGCUGUCGUGAGGCUGAAUGACUGGACCCUCCUGUCCCUUCUCUCCACGGCUUUGUCCAACACUGAUUCUCCUCCUGGCUGUGAGCUGGAGCCUACAAUGAAACACAAUUUUGCUUUUGACAACAUGGGCUAUGAGGACGGCUUUGAAACAGCGCCCUCUCCAUCUUCCCAAGAACAUACCAUGGCAGUCAACAUUGUGGGAAUGACUUGCCAAUCUUGCGUGCAGUCGAUAGAAGGCCGAAUUUCCAAGGUGAAGGGCAUUGUGAGUAUUAAAGUCUCCCUUGAACAGAACAAUGCUGUAAUAAAGUAUCUGCAGUCAGAAAUAAGUCCUGAACAGAUUUGCCAAGAAAUUCAGGAUAUGGGUUUUGAUGCCAACAUAGCAGAAGAGAGACUGAUGCCAGCGACUGUAAGUUUGUCGUGCUUGAGAGAAGCAGUAGUUAAACUUCGGGUAGAAGGCAUGACAUGCCAGUCCUGUGUCACCAACAUUGAAGGAAAGAUUAGGAAACUGCAUGGUGUGGCGAAAAUCAAGGUGUCACUUGAUAACCAGGAAGCAAUUAUUGCUUACUAUCCUUACAUCAUUCAGCCUGAUGACCUCAAGAGCCAUAUCAGUAACCUGGGGUAUGACUGCACCAUUAAAAGUAAAUCAGCCCCUUUGAAGCUUGGUGUGCUCGAUCUUGGGCGCCUGCAGAAUGCAAACCCCAGGGAGACACCAGCAAGUCUUGAGAGUGAUGGGGUGGAUCCACGAGUCGCCAAGAUGAGUGGCACAGCUACAGUGACUGUACGGAUAGAAGGCAUGCACUGCAAGUCCUGUGUCAGAAACGUUGAAGGAAAUAUAUCAGAUCUUCCUGGCAUACAAAGUAUUAAAGUGUCUUUGGAGCAUAAACGUGCUGUUGUACAGUUUAGCCCAAAUUUAAUUACCCUGUCAGCUCUGCAGCAAGCUAUUGAGUCCCUUCCACCUGGAAACUUUAAAGUACGUCUCAUAAAUGGUUCAGAAGUUAGUAAGGGAGCAUCUCCAUCACCUGCUUUGCUAUGCGAUCUCUUCAGAGAGCCACUGCAAGACAUGACAUGCAUGGCUGUUAUUAGGAUUGAUGGCAUGACCUGCAAUUCCUGUGUACAGUCCAUAGAAGGGACCAUAUCACAGAGACAAGGAGUGCAACAAAUAGCAGUUUCUCUAGCUGACAGAACUGGGAACAUACAUUAUGAUCCAGCUGUCACUAAUGGAGAAGAGUUAAGAGCUGCUAUAGAAGACAUGGGGUUUGAUGCUUCUGUGCUGAAAGAUACCGCCGUUGGAGAACAUAGGCACCAGCCUGACGCCAGCAAUGCUGCCAUGCAGCCUCGAGCUGCAGAGCCUCCUCGCCAAGGCUGUGCCUCGGAUGCUCUUCCAGACAGUCCUCACCUUGAUGAGCCAAAUCAGGCCAGUGGAGCGACAGCUGAAAAGUGUUUUUUACAAAUCACAGGCAUGACCUGUGCGUCGUGUGUGUCUACCAUUGAAAGAAAUUUGCAGAAAGAAGAUGGAAUUGUUUCAGUGUUGGUAGCACUGAUGGCAGGUAAAGCAGAGAUAAAAUACAAGCCAGAAUUCAUACAGCCUCUUGAAAUAGCACAGCUGAUCCAGAAUUUGGGUUUUGAAGCUACCGUCAUAGAAGAUCAUGCAGAAACAGAAGGAAAUGUGGAGCUUCUUAUUACAGGGAUGACUUGUGCUUCUUGUGUUCACAAUAUUGAAUCCAAACUCAUGAGAACAAAUGGCAUAUUCUAUGCCUCAGUAGCACUUGCUACGUGCAAAGCUCACAUCCAGUUUGAUCCUGAGAUUACUGGACCUCGAGAUAUUAUAAAAAUAAUUGAGGAAAUUGGCUUUCAUGCUUCCGUGGCUAGAAGAGUUCCAAAUGCGCAUAACCUGGAUCAUAAAAAAGAAAUACAGCAGUGGAGGAAAUCUUUCUUGUGCAGCCUACUGUUUGGUAUCCCUGUCUUAAUCCUAAUGAUUUAUAUGCUGAUACCCAACGGUGAGCACCACGGGUCUAUGGUGCUGGAACAGAAUCUCAUUCCUGGAUUAUCUAUUUUAAAUCUUCUCUUCUUUGUCCUGUGCACUUUUGUUCAGUUUCUUGGUGGAUGGUAUUUUUACAUACAAGCUUACAAAUCACUGAAGCACAAGACAGCCAAUAUGGAUGUGCUCAUUGUACUGGCCACGACAAUCGCUUAUGUGUAUUCAUGUGUGAUCCUGAUGGUAGCGAUAAUUGAAAAGGCAGAGAAAAGCCCUGUCACUUUUUUUGACACUCCUCCAAUGCUGUUUGUGUUCAUUGCCCUUGGGAGAUGGCUGGAACACAUAGCAAAGAGUAAGACCUCAGAAGCUCUUGCUAAACUUAUAUCUCUUCAAGCCACAGAAGCCACUGUGGUGACUCUUGGACCUGAUCACUCUAUCGUCAGGGAGGAGCAGGUAGCUGUUGAACUGGUUCAAAGGGGUGAUAUUGUAAAGGUAGUUCCUGGUGGAAAGUUCCCAGUGGAUGGAAAGGUCAUUGAAGGCAGUUCUAUGGCAGAUGAGUCUCUCAUUACUGGGGAAGCUAUGCCAGUCACUAAAAAGCCCGGGAGCACAGUGAUUGCCGGUUCUAUAAAUGCACACGGCUCAGUUCUUGUUAAUGCAACUCAUGUUGGUAAUGAUACCACUCUGGCACAAAUUGUGAAAUUGGUGGAAGAAGCUCAAAUGUCAAAGGCACCCAUCCAGCAACUGGCAGAUAAGUUUAGUGGAUAUUUUGUUCCAUUUAUCAUCAGCAUUUCAACAGUCACAUUGAUAGCAUGGAUCACAAUUGGUUUUAUAAAUUUUGAUGUUAUUCAAAAAUAUUUUCCUAAUCAGAACAAACACGUUUCAAAAGCUGAACUAAUACUGAGGUUUGCAUUUCAAACCUCAAUCACUGUGCUGAGCAUUGCAUGCCCCUGUUCUUUAGGCUUGGCUACCCCCACAGCUGUGAUGGUGGGCACAGGAGUUGCUGCGCAGAAUGGUAUUCUCAUCAAAGGUGGAAAACCCCUGGAAAUGGCACACAAGAUCAAGACUGUGAUGUUUGAUAAAACUGGGACCAUCACCUGUGGAGUUCCAAAAGUCAUGAGGGUGCUUUUGCUGGGAGACACAGCUGUGCUCUCCCUGAAGAAGGUACUGGCAGUGGUUGGCACUGCAGAAGCCAGCAGCGAGCAUCCUUUAGGAGUGGCAGUUACUAAAUAUUGCAAAGAGGAGCUUGGCACUCAGAGCCUGGGAUACUGCACUGACUUCCAGGCAGUCCCAGGCUGUGGCAUCAGCUGCAAAGUUGGAGGCGUUGAGGCUGUCCUGGGCAUGGCUGAUGAGGGUCUUGAUAAGCUGGAUGCUAACAGGAGCAGGGACAGCAGUGCUGCUCUGGGAGAUAACACGCUGAUCGCUCUCCCAGAAUCACACGGUCCAUCAGCUUCUCAUACAUACUCAGUGUUGAUUGGAAAUCGUGAGUGGAUGCGACGCAAUGGCUUGCAUAUUGCAAAUGAUGUAAAUGAUGCAAUGACAGACCAUGAAACAAAAGGACAGACUGCCAUACUAGUGGCUAUAGAUGGUGUGUUGUGCGGAAUGAUUGCAAUAGCAGACACUGUCAAGCAGGAGGCAGCCCUUGCUGUGCACACGCUGAAAAACAUGGGAAUAGAUGUUGUGCUGAUAACGGGGGACAACAGAAAAACUGCAAAAGCCAUUGCUACUCAGGUUGGGAUCAAAAAAGUCUUUGCUGAGGUUCUUCCUUCUCACAAGGUUGCAAAGGUCCAGGAGCUCCAAAAUGGGAGGAGGAAGGUUGCGAUGGUUGGUGAUGGAGUCAAUGAUUCCCCUGCACUAGCCAGGGCCGAUGUUGGAAUUGCAAUUGGAACGGGCACCGAUGUUGCCAUUGAAGCAGCAGAUGUUGUUCUUAUCCGAAACGACUUGCUGGAUGUAGUUGCCAGUAUUUGUUUAUCAAAGAGAACAGUUCGAAGAAUCCGAAUAAAUCUGAUUCUUGCCUUAAUUUAUAAUCUGCUUGGAAUACCCAUAGCAGCAGGAGUAACUUCUCCCUCCUUUGCCUGGACUAUUGCCUUGUCUUUCUGUUGCUUUUGCUUUGUUUCAUAUGUGCAGAAUAGCUGGAAGGGACGAACAGUCUUACUUUGUGGCCACAGUCUUGUAGCUCAAUUGGUGCAAAGGUCAUCCCUUGCAACGGAAGGGACAUAUUUAAAACUAAGUGUGUUCAUGCCUGUUGGCCUCGUGCUUCAGCCUUGGAUGGGAUCAGCUGCAAUGGCAGCUUCUUCUGUGUCUGUUGUGCUGUCUUCCCUGCAGCUGAAAUGUUAUAAGAAGCCAGACACAGAAAGUUAUGAAGCACAAGCUCAAGGCCGCAUGAAACCACUUACUCCUUCCCAAAUCAGUGUUCAUAUUGGAAUGGAUGAUAGGAAGAGGGAUUCAUCCAGACCGGCUCCUUGGGAUCAGAUUAGCCAAGUGUCUCUCUCUUCCUUGACUUCAGACAAGCUGCCAAGGCGUAAUGGUUUUGUUGAGGAGGAAGGGGACAAGUGGUCAUUGCUCAUGAAUGGAGGAGAUGAAGAACAGUACAUCUGAAGUACAUAGUACAGGAGGAAACGUUCCUCCUCACCAGUGACAGGAGGGACUGACUUAUUUCAUCAGGAGCUUCAAGGUUGUAAGUGAAGUCAUUCCUUCAGCUCACAAAAUUGCAACUCAGCUCAAUGUUGGGUUGUAUGGAUUUUUUUCAGGUCACCAAUUAUUUCUAGUCACGGAAAGAAUCUGUGGCUCUAAAAUGAACUGGCUCCUCUGCACACAGCAGUUAAUGAAAUAAUCUAAAACUGUACUUUUCAGAGUCUAAAAGAAUUUCUCUCUUCUGGACUGUUUGCUGGGCACCAAAUUUCAUACUUUUCACUCUUUCUAACUUUAUUCUUUCAAGAGCACAUGAAGCAAAAGUAUAUUCAGAGCUGCCAAAUAUUAAUUUCUGUGUCCAACUGAAAAUAGCCAUGGCAUAAGGAGCUCUGUGGUCGGAAGUUCUAUUUCUACACAGAAUUCUAACUAGUCACAUCACUGUGAGAGCACUUUGUAUUUAGGAUUCAUGUGCGUCUCCUUGGACCAAAAAUGCUUUGGUGUUUUACUCACUGUAACUCUCUGAACGGUCUCUUUCAAAGAUUUUCACUUGCUUUCAGGUAUUGCAUCAUUUUGAUGCACAUUUCCAUUGCUAAACUUGUUCUGUCAUUCCCACUGCUCUCCUAGAUUUUCUCUUUUGCUCCAUAUGAGCUCUUUUUUCCCCUUUUUUUGCACAAGAUACCUUCUAUGAGUUGUUAUUAUGUUUACAGAUAUUCCUGUUUGGGACAAACUCCUUUAAGUCACCAGGAACUUUUCUGUUCCUAUUGAAGUCCACAAAGGCAGAGCAAUUCCUGGUCCAAGUUAGCAUAUCCUUUUCCUGUGGAUAUCUUGCAGGACCCCGUGAAGCUCCUGGCAGUUGAGCAGUUGUCUGUCUCUUCCCUCUGACAGAGUGAAGAAUUUAUGCCAGUGUGAGCAAAGGUGGUAUUUACCAUGGUGUGACUGAAAGCAGAACUAGCACUGCUGUGACUCCAGCAUGGCUGAAUGGAGCGAGUUUAUUGCAUAAGUUAACCCAGCUUGCUGGUUGCUUAAAAUGGAGCCAAAAGUUUAAAUGGUAAAAGUGGGAAAAUGGCCUUAAAAUGUGGGGCUUCUAUUUGCUAUCAUAUAAAUAACCUUUUCUGAUGACAGAAGGACUUGAACUAAGAUUUGUAAUAGCUUGAAUUUUAAUGUAAAUUUGCAUUCAUGUUUUGAAUUGGUUUUAAUUUCCCUCUUUGCUCUAGUUUAACGAGAAAUCAAGGUGCUGAACAACCCUUUUUUCACUUUAACGUUUUUACCAAAGCUUGCAGUAACUUUGUCACUGUGAAUGUCAAAUUUAUCCCUUAACACUUUUUUGAGUCAGGACAGUAGGAAUCAAUGGCUCUGGUGCACUGAGUCGGGUCCCGGGAUGCUGCCUUUCCCAGCUGUGGGACUUUGAAGUAAGGACACCAGAGUUUUAUAGUCUGAUCUAAAAAGUGAAAGAAGAGGAAUUACUAUGCUAAACAAUGUGAAAUAACCACUUACUUUUCAUUGACUUAAAUAUAGAACUGUUUCCAACACGAGUUCAAAUCCUGCUCCUCCUAAUGUAAAAAUGAAAAACAAGCCAGAGAGGAAAAGAAUUGUGCUUAAAGCAUUGGGCAAGUCUUCGUAUUCUCUCUUCCUCUUAGUACUAUAUUUGAGCUCUCCUUAACAAACAUUGACAGCACUAUCUUAAAUAUAAUUACAAGUCAGUUUUAAAACUGUAAAAUCUUUCACAGCACACACACUUUUCAAACAUGCUGUAGGUACCUGUACAUGUCCCUGUGGGGAAGAUGGCCUACUGUUUCACUGUUUUAUGUUUUCUUACCAGUGCUUACAGUAAAAAUACUGUUUUUUUUUUAAAAAAAAACAAACAAACAAGCAAAUAACUUUGUGUCUUUGUUUUUAUUUUUUUGGAGGGGUACAGCAAAAAAAAAAAAGAGCAUAAGCAGCGAUUGUUGGAUUGAAGGAUACAUAUGCACAAGAGAGAUUUUGUGACUGCUUUGUGAUCUAUUUCAGGCAGGAUAUAUAGCAGGGAAAAAAGAGACAGUGUUGUAUUGUAUGCUGAGGCAGGUGAGGUUGCAAGCAUGUUGAAGGGUGGAAUUAGGAUUCAAAAUCAUCUUGAGAAUUUGGACAGAACUGAAAAACUUUGCAAACAGGAGAGAGAGGAAUUAAAGGUCAGCGUGGCAGAAAAAGGUCAGGUAGUUGGCUGGCAUUUGUUUUGUGACCUAUUCUAACAACAUAGUGAUGCUGCAAAAUGAACAGACACAUUGAGAUGUAUGAAGACUGUAUCAUCCAUAUGACAUAAAAUAACUCUUUCUGUUUAGCUCUGGAGAGACAUUAACUGAAGUAUCAGGUCUAGUUUUAGAUGUCGUACUUGUUAGGACAAAAUGGAGACAGUUCGGAGAAGAGUAAUGAGAUUUAACAGAAAUCUAGAAAACAUGAGACCGUAAGUCCAUAAGCAUGAGAAAUACAAGAAGAAGAUUGAAGGAGUUUGAGUAUGUUUGCCUACAGAAUACUCAAAGGAAAUAAAAGUCUCCAAACACAAA